GAACGCAAAAUAAAGAAUGUGUAUAGAGAUUUAAAUUGCGUUUUAAACCGUAGGGGGUGGAAGGUGUAAUGUGGUUACAUAAAAGCCCUUAGAAAUUGCUCCCUCGCCCCUAAUCCGCUAUUCAUGUUCCACUGUCCUGCGGCUGAAUAGGCGAAACACUUGUGGCUUUCAUUGAAAAUAGCGCGCGCGUGGAACCUGUUAAUUGGAAAAAAAUAUAUAUAGCCAAACAUUAAAAGGAUUGGCAUAUCUUCGUAGUAUUUAUUCCUAUCACGUUGCAGCGUCAAAUCGGCGGUGUGCUAUGCGCUCGUGACGAUUUGCUGACGCGCUUUUAGCCCCCCUCCCCCGAAGAGUGAAGCUGCGAGAGAGCAAAGAGGCUGGGAACCGGUCACUCUCUCUCUCGCUUUCUUCACCGAAUGUGAAGGAAGGCAAGUCCUGCGGCAAAAAUCAGCGAAAUUCCACCGAUUCCAGGAGAGGCAUCCCAGCUCUGUUGCAGAAAUGGAGGUUCCAAACUUGGGACACAACCUAACUAGCCCGAUGAGUCCGUGUGAGGGCAUGAUCAAGAACCUCAGCUUGGAUGCGAUACAGUUAUGCGAACGAGAGGGCAAUAAAUCACAGGACAGCGGCAUCGUAGAGAUGGAGGAGCUCCCUGUCCCUCAGAACAUCAAGAUCAGCAACAUCACAUGUGACUCCUUCAAGAUUUGUUGGGACAUGGAGCCCCGAGUCAAGGAACGUAUCACUCACUACUUCAUCGACCUCAACAAGAAAGAGAACAAGAACUCCAACAAGUUCAAACACAAGGAUGUCCCCACCAAACUGGUGGCAAAGGCAGUGCCUCUGCCCAUGACGGUGAGGGGUCACUGGUUCCUCAGCCCGCGUACGGAGUACACCGUGGCCGUCCAGACUGCCUCCAAACAGAGUGACGGAGACUACGCCGUGUCAGAGUGGAGCGAGAUCAUCGACUUCACCACCGCCGAUUAUUCCACGGUGCAUCUAACCCAGCUGCUGGAAAAGGCUGAGGUCAUCGCAGGCAGGAUGCUGCGCUUCUCUGUGUUCUACAGGAAUCAAAACAAAGAGUACUUUGACCAGGCCAGGGAGGUCCAUGGGAACCACAUGCUGCCAGCUGUGAAGGACAACAGUGGAAGUCAUGGCUCACCUAUCAGCGGGAAGCUGAAGGGCCUCUACUUCAGCUGCAACACAGAGUUCAACACAGGCAAGCCCCCCCAGGACUCCCCCUACGGCCGCACACGCUUUGAGAUCCAGGCUGAGACCCUGUUCAACCCCAAGACUAACCUCUACUUCGGGGACUUCUACUGCAUGUACACGGCCUACCACUACGUCAUCCUAGUGCUGGCCCCACAGGGCUCGCCCGGCGAUGACUUCUGUAAGGCAAAGCUGCAAGCACUCGACAUCACCAACAACCACUUCCUGACUUGCACGGUGGACGAGGAGGCGGGCGACGGGGCACUGGUUUUCCGGCACGCCCAGGAUGUGAUCCUGGAGGUGAUCUACACAGAGCCCGUAGACCUGGUGCUGGGCACGGUGGCAGAGAUCAGCGGGCACCAGCUCAUGAGCCUGUCUACCGUCAACGCCAAGAAGGACCCCAGCUGCAAGACCUGCAACAUCAGCGUGGGACGCUAGUGGGAGACUGGACUGCACCUGUGCUACACACACGCAACCCCAACCUAUAUCCUCAAAGGACCACCCUCCCAAAAGAAGAACAUUGCAGGAGAGGGACCCAGACUGUGAAAGACAUUUAACAACAGGGUAGGGUGCUAGAAUUCCCAGUCCAUAUACACACGCACAUCAUCCAUUUUCCUUUUCAACCUCAUAGGAACCACCCUUCCAAAAGUGUGGCAUUCUGUUCAUCCCUCCCGUUGUCCCCAUCAGAAGAGAAACCAUGCAAAAGAGGGAGGAGCCCCAACUGAAAGAUCUACAGCUGAAGUGUGGGAUCCUAACAAGCCUUGGUCAGCAUCAUCCAAACCGCUAGCCAAAACUGACUGAUCCGAACAAGCCUUGGUCAGCAUCAUCCAAACCGCUAGCCAAAACUGACUGAUCCGAACAAGCCUUGGUCAGCAUCAUCCAAACCGCUAGCCAAAACUGACUGAUCCGAACAAGCCUUGGUCAGCAUCAUCCAAACCGAUAGCCAAAACUGACUGAUCCGAACAAGCCUUGGUCAGCAUCAUCCAAACCGAUAGCUAACACUGACUGAUCCCUUUAAAUGUUCUAACCAAACAUUGUUCCAUGCAUGUAUUCACACAGCUUUUCUCAUUGAUUUUCUCUUCUGUUGUUUUUCAAACGUUUCCUUUUCCCGUUGACCUCUUCAAAUGUUCUGUUGUUCACUUCAGUCCAGGUAGACAGAUGGUUGUGUUCCUGUUUUCCCAUCUCUCCUGGAAGGCGUUCGAAUGGUUCAGAUCCGACAGAUCUAAGUUACUCCUCCCUCUAUCGGCAGAGACUGGUACUAAUUUAGAGCUGCAGUGUCAUCAUCUUUAUGCCAAAGGUAACACAAAAGGACAACUUGCUGUAGAAUAACAAUACUAAUGCAACAGCCACUAAAAGCAUAUUAACUCGGAGAUCAAGUUGAACUACUUGGUAACCAUUAAGAGCAUGAUGCAGUAUGUACAGCAUGACUUUGAAAACUGAGUCUGUCAGUUCCUCUACCAUAGCUACCCCCUUCUGCAAUGUUAUGUGGCGGUGACGUCUCACUCUACCAUAGCUACCCUUCUGCAAUGUUACGUUUGAUUUAUUCUAGUUAUAAGGAAACCAUAAACUGUGUUUAGUAAAGUAAUGUGAAAAAAUAUUUAUUUUUUACUGAUAUAUACACAUAUAAACCAGAAGUGCACAAUGUCAAAAGCUCUGAUCCUAGUAAACAAUUGCAUUUUUGGAUGAAAAACACAAAAAGGAGAAAACACAGAUUUGAGUAACUUGCACUAUGCCAACAUUCACAAGUUAUUUUUUUUCCAAGGUAAUGUAUAACUUGAAUUGCCACAAUUCAUCAUAUCAACUAUGAACUAUUACAUAUCAUAGUACAAUGUGGGACUAAAAACGGAUUGACAUGCACAAACAUUCUACAGGAUUGUCGGAUUGUGUAUUCGGAUGACAUAUCCCCCUUGCCAAGAUUGCACUUUUCAAAGAGCAGCAUUUUAACGUAGUAGACCACGUUACGUACCUGUUAUAUCGACAUUAGUUUGGCAAGAACAAAAUGCAAGUAACAAUAAAGUGCCAUAAAAUAGCUUAGAAUAGCAUAAAAUAACAUUUAUCUAACAUCAACCGUGAUAUAUAUUUGUUCUCUUUUUUCCUUAAAAUGAAAGUGUUACACUCGCUACAUCAGUUGCAGAAAAAAAGUAUAAUUUGUCAUGAAUAACAAAGGACUUGUUAAGGGACUAAAAAUAGCUGGAUGUGGCCCAGCAAUUCUUGCAUCAUCUUGCCAUCACUCUUAACCAAAGUGUGAGUCAGUCAACAUCAAAGUCAUUUAAAGUGCAUCACCAUGUAAGCAUCGCAUGAAACAUGACCAGAAGUACCGGUAUCUCACUUUGAAAUUUGUUCUGGAAAAAAAAUGAUCCAAUAAAGUGAGCCAAAAAAAAACUGUUUCAAAAUAAAAGUCCCACUGUGAAGGAAGCUCAAACAGUCUUCGGAGUAUCCCGUUUACUGAGCAGGACUUCCAGCAAACGGAGUUUAGCUUUUAAGUUCUUGUACUCGCAGUACUCCUCUGCCAUGGGCCCACGGUCCUCUUUCUGGGCAGCCCUUUAAAGACGAGGAAGAGAAAAAUACUAACUUAACAUUUCAGAUAAGCUGCAGCUUUCAUUACUGGUAUAGUCCCUGUGUUGCCUUAUUCAGAUAACUUUGUACAGUAAGUAUUGUAAUCGGAACAUUUUAUUUUACUUUCAAAAACCGCUACAUGUACAACAUAUGUGUAUAGUUCAGAGCAGUUGUCUCUCUCUCCGUCUCUCUCUCAAGUACUUCUUUGUGUCGUAUUAACGUCAGUAAAUGUGCAUCACGCUGUUGUGAUUCUGCUGAAUUCUUCUGGUGGAUGUUUUAUUUUAUUUUUCACAAGGCGUUGUUGAACUAUGAAAACCAAAUGUUCCAGUUUAUUAAAGGAAAAGCAAACA